GGCGCAGGAAUGGCGGCGCUGUCUGUCUGUGUGAGGGAGGGAGCCUGAACAGCCUGAAAACUUUACUCCACAGCAGCACACACUCUGCGGGUGUAACACACCGCAUCGUUUCAGUCGCCGAGGACACGAGGGCAGAGUUAAAUGCACAGAGAGCUCUCCUGCGGCUUAGAGUGAAGGACGGUUACGGAUAUAAGCUCGCUGAGCUAGCUAACUUAUUCCUUGUAACUUUACCUGCGUUAGCAAGGAAGCUAACCUUAGAGCUUUGGUACUGAGCGGUAGCAGCUGCACUAGUGAAACGUUUGACUUUGUUGUUAUUUUUGUCAUUCCAGACAACACACUGAGGGGAAGAAGGGGUAGCUAAGGGACGCACUUGAGCCUUGGCUAGCCGGUUUAUUUUCUCUGGUUGGCACUAGCAGUCUGGGGUAUAUUGCUGCCUAGCUUGCUAAGCGUUAGCAUUGUCGCUAAUAACUUAGCCUAUAUGCCACAAUGGAGAGUUUAACGCUGAGCGACGUCGAGCAGAAAUACUACUCGGAUUUGUUUGUGUACUGCGACGUGGACAACACGAAGAAAGUGGCCUCCAACGGCAAGGUGCUGGAGCUCUUCCGGGCGGCCCAGCUCUCCAACGACGUGGUGCUGCAGAUCACUGAACUGUGUGGUGCGACUCGUCUUGGCCACUUCGGUAGGAGCCAGUUCUACAUCGCGUUGAAACUUAUCGCAAUAGCCCAGUCUGGAUUGCCACUUCGUGUCGAGAGCCUGAACAGCGUCAAAGACUUGCCACUCCCUCGCUUUGUGGUGGGUAAGAACGAACAGGAGGCCAGACAUGCAGCCGUGUACCCAGACACCGAGAACCAGGGGCCGUACUCCAGUGUGAUCCCCAGACCCCCGGGCCGAGUCCCGACCAAAAAAGUGUCCACGCACGAAGUGAUCCAGCCCUGUGCGCCCCCUGUCGAUCCCCAGCCAGACACCACGUCUCCCGUAGUGUCCCCUCACCAGUCUCCGCCCACCUCACCUCCCGCAUGGAGGAAGCACAAGCGACAAGCCAGCGGCGGCACCGUGGACCGUCAGGCUGCGGUGGCAGGAGCCGUGUGGCCACCAUUCAGAGAAGCACAAGCGGGUCCAGUAGCAGGUGAUGGGAUGUGGUCUGCUCACUCUCCUCCUCCUGUUCAGGAAAACUGGGUCAGUUUUACAGACACUCCUCCCUCCAGCACACUUCCAGCAAUGCAUCCCUCUUCUGCUCAGGAGAGCACAACAGUACGAACAGUGGCAUCUGCUGCUACUACAAACGAGAUCCAAAGACAGGCCAGUGGCUACGACGACCCCUGGAAAAUCACGGAUGAGCAAAGACAGUAUUACGUUAAUCAGUUCAAAACUAUCCAACCUGAUCUGACCGGUUUUAUCCCAGGCUCUGCUGCAAAGGAGUUUUUUACGAAGUCGAAGCUGCCUAUUUUAGAAUUGUCUCACAUUUGGGAGUUAUCAGAUUUUGAUAAAGACGGUGCACUGACCCUGGACGAGUUCUGUGCAGCGUUUCAUCUCGUGGUUGCCAGAAAGAACGGUUAUGACCUUCCAGAGAAGCUUCCAGAGAGCUUAAUGCCAAAGCUUAUUGACCUGGAUGACUCAGCAGGUAUGAAGAACAGAAGAGAAACCCAAGAAAUGUGUAAUUGGAGUGGUAAAGGAAGCUAUAUUUCAGAACCUAGGAUCAGCAUACAGAAUACAAAAGAGUGCAUCAGACAUAUGGCCUUGGUGUGUGUGUGCAUGUGUGUGCACCUGUGUGUUUUAGGAGUCCCAGAGCCUGCACCUGAAGUGAGUUUCUCUGGUUCCCCGGUGGAGGUGACGCCUAAUAAAUCUCCCUCCAUGCCUUCCUUAAACCAGACCUGGCCCGAGCUCAACCAGAGCAACGAGCAGUGGGAGACUUUUAGCGAACGCUCCUCAAGCUCACAAACUCUGACCCAAUUUGAUUCUAACAUUGCACCAGCUGACCCUGAUACGGCCAUCGUGCAUCCUGUGCCCAUCCGUAUGACGCCUAGCAAGAUACACAUGCAGGAGAUGGAGCUGAAGAGAACUGGAAGUGAUCACACACAUCCGACAAGUCCGUUAAUCACUAAACCUCCUGAACUGUCAGAGGAGAAAAAGCUAGCAGUUAUUAAAUUCCCUGGCAGCACUGUAGGUGACGGCUAUAGCAGCUCUGAUUCAUUUACAUCUGAUCAAGAACCCAUUUCAAGUGCUGCAACCAGACAGAGGUCUCACUCUGGGACAUCUCCUGAAGGUCUGAAAGCCGUGGCUCCGCCCCCUCCUCCUCCCCGUCCUCAUGCUUCACAUUCCCGCUCUUCCUCUCUAGACAUGAACAGGAACUUUGCCACCGUCACUGCAGGGGCUCAGCAGCAGGCAGGAGCAGUGGCUUUUCCUCCUGCCGUGCCUCCUCGGCCACUGGCUACACAGACGUCAGUGCCACAUGGGCACCGUUCGGUAGAUGGAGAUGGUCUUCCAGCACAUUCCAGCACUUCUCCCCAGCAGAUACCAGAACAGCCCAAUUUUGCAGAUUUCAGCCAGUUUCAGGUGUUUGCUGUGGACCAGCCUGCAGAUGAAGGGGAUAAACAGCGGGACAAACAGCAGGACAGUGGACAGGUAGAGAAAUGUGCAGACGCUGCUGCAGCUGUGAGAUCAGUGAAGAAUGAAACUCAGCCGGAGGAGCGACCUGCGGCCACUGUGAACUCUGCCAAAGGAUCCACUCCAUUGGCCCCUCCUCCUAAACCUGUCCGCCGAAGGCUGAAGUCAGAAGAUGAGCUCAGACCCGAACUGGACGAGCACCCUCAGAAGUCCGGCAUCGUUGCCACUGUCCUUGCCACGCAGCCUUCUAUACCACGGUCUGUUGGGAAGGAUAAAAAGGCAAUCCAAGCUUCCAUUAGAAGAAACAAAGAGACGAACACGGUUCUAGCCAGACUCAACAGUGAAUUACAGCAGCAGUUAAAGGAUUUGCUGGAGGAGAGAAUAUCGUUGGAAGUUCAACUGGAGCAGCUGAGACCUUUUUCCCAUUUGUAAGCGCGUGAAGGAAGAGCCGUGAAGAGCGACAGGAAAGGUCCGACAGAUCCUCCGGGAGGACGCUGAUGUCAGCCCUCUUCCUGUUCCUCAUCUGGCUGCCUGAGGAAAGACUUUGCUGCUUCCUCCAUAAUGCUCUCCCACACCCCAUCCUGCUCUGAUAGACAGGCUGUCCUCACAGCCAGGGGUAGGAAUAUAUAACAUUUUGGCACUUUGACGAUACAGAGUGUGAGUUACAUGUAAAUGUCAGUCCUCUGCUUGUGCAGCACUCGGUUAGCACUGCUAUUAUGGGGAGUAUAUGUUCUUGAAUCACGCUGAGGAUGAUGGGAAGGUGAUGAUUCUUCAGCGGUUCUGGCCUGAUAAUCAUGUGAGUGCAGGGGAGGACUGAUAUUCUUUUUUUUUUUGGGAGGGAGCUCAUGCUCUGAUCAGAAGUACGUUCACGAAUGACUGCUAAGCACUCGUUCAUGUUUCUUGUAAGCUCCCUAACAUGCCAUUGGCCAACACCAAUAUUCGUGUUUGUGUGCGCACGUGUGUGUGUGUGUGUGUGAGUGAUGGUUAUAAAUAUAUGGCAUAAUACAGAGUUUCUCAGCUCCGGUCCUGAAGAUCACUGCUCUGCACAUCCAUCAUACCUGAUCAGUGCUUGAUGUGUGUUAGCACACGGUAAAGUGUCACCAGGAGUAGACUUGAGACACACUGGCAUAAUGCAUCACAGACCGCUCCGUUUUCUUCUUUUAACAUCUGUGGUAUAACAAUGUUUUUGUACCUUGUACAGUCAUUGACCCUGUAUUACAGAUCUUUUCUUUCAUGACUCCCGCACUCAUGACUCCCGCACUCAUUUCCUGUAUGGCACAGAACCUGCGUGAGUCGUGCUUCAGAGUCAUGUUUUCCUGCUCCAUCAGUUUAAAAAACAAAACAAAAAAAAACGAGACCUGAAACUGCACUUUGUUCCCUUUGGCUUUCCUUUGUUUGUCCGUAUUUUACUCUGUACCCCUUUUUGCAUGUCGUUCUUGUUCUUAUUUGAUCUAAAACGGCUCUUAAAAUUCGAACCACUUGAUUUGUACGUCUAUUAUCUUAACUAGUACUAGAGGAGUUUUACAUUCUUACUCAAACUUAAUGUCUUAAAUGUUUGGUUAGUUUGUUAGUUUUUCUGUUUGUCUCCCCCCCCCCCCCCCUUCUUGGUCCCUGAAGCCUUACUCCUUUCGUUCAGGUUUUUACACUAAUCCCCCCCCUUCCCCAUGUUGAGUCACGGUGAGCCUUUUUCCCCCUGCUGUUCAGGUCGAUGUACUGUAUAAGAGGUUUCUUGUAUAUUGUAUGAUAUACCUUUUGAUCUCAUAUGUAAAUUUGCAUUAAUUGCUAACUAAUAGCAAAUAUUCUAUUUAAUUGCUUAUAUUAUGGCUGUGGGAUCAUAGAUGUUUAACUGCAUGGAUGUAUCUCUGCAGAAUAAACUAGCAGCUGUGUGAUUUUUACACAAAAUAAAAAUGGCACAAUAUUUUAAUAACUUUUCCUUUGUCAUGAAU